GGCAACAGCCAAAUCCCACUUCAUCCAUCUCUCUCCAUCUCCCAAUCCCUCUCCCAAACCAGCAAUUCUUCAUCAUCAAAAACAUCAUGAAGUACCUAGCAUUCGUUGCAGUUCUUCUCUUGGUUCUUGGAGGGAUUGAGAAAGCAAAAGCAGUGACUUGCAACCCUUUGCAGCUGAGCCCAUGUGCAAACGCUAUAACAUCUUCAUCUUCACCUACUGCAAUCUGCUGUUCCAAGAUAAAAGAACAGAGGCCAUGCUUAUGCAGCUACAUGAGGAACCCUAAUCUCAAGAAGUUCAUCAGCUCUCCUAAUGCCAGGAAGGUGGCCAACACUUGUGGCACUCCAUUUCCUCAAUGCUAAGAGUCCAUUGAUUAUUUCUGUUUUUAGCAUCUGGUCUUAGUUAUAUAUAUAUAUAUAUAUAUUGAGUCUAUUAUGGUCAUGUUUUGCAUUAUCUAUUCCACCUAGCCUAUGUUCUAUCAUCUCUGUAUCACUGUGGAACUUGUGUGGCGAGUGAUCAGUCUUUGGUGUCAUAGUUAUUAUGGGAAUGGGCGCUGUCGCAGUACAACCAUGUUGUGCUUGCAUUGGACUAUGUUUUACUUUGCUUAUUGUAAUGAAGAUUGAAUAAUUAACGCUAA